AUGAAAAGAUUCCACCAUAGAGACCCUUACUAUCCCGCUAUGACAGUGAAUGGCUGGAUCGAGGAAGAGGAUUCAAAUGAGGAGAUUCACGAGGAAGACCCUGAGGAGGAUCCAGAAGAGGAUUAUGAGGGGGAGUUAGACGAGGAUAUAUGCAUCAGGGAGAUCAUUGACGAGCCUUAUCCCAUCAGGGGUAGAGAUGAGCCCCUUCCACCUCCCUCUUUUCAGAAAAUGCUCCUUAAAAUGCAAAGUACACAUCACCGGAUAUCCAAAAAAGAAAUAUUAUGUGUUUUAGCUACAAAUGUACAAAAAGUAAUUCGUGAUGAUAUCGGGACUACAAAAUUUUGUUUGAUAGUUGAUGAGUCUCAAGAUGAAUCUAAGAAAGAACAAAUGACUAUUGUUGUGAGAUUUGUUGACCGAGUGUCCAAGAUAUUUGCAUGGGGUCAAGGAUAUGAUGGAGCUACUAAUAUACGUGGAGAAUGGAAUGGGUUGCAAGCUUUAUUAUUAAAGGAAUGUCCUUAUUAUUAUUACAUACAUUGUUUUGCUCAUCAAUUGCAAUUCGCUCUAGUUGCAGCGUCUAAAGAUGUGACCGAGCAUAAUGAUCAAUUGCAAGAUGCUCAAAUUGUUGAAAUUUCUCAUUUAAUUCAAGUUGAUGAGAUUGAGAGUGGAAAAGGAAAAAAUCAAAUACGAUCACUACAAAGGCCUAUAGAUACUAGGUGGAGUUCUCAUUUCAAAUCAAUAUGUAGUUUGAUGAGACUUUGUGGUCCAUCUUGUGUAGUGUUGACUGACAUUGCUACAAAAGGUUCUAUCUCUUCUCAAAAAGGUGUUGCAAUAUUUGCACUUAAACAUGCAAUGUCAUUUGAUUUUGUCAUUGUUUUGCAUAUGAUGAAAGAUAUAAUGGGGAUAUCUGACAAGCUUUGCCAAUCUUUACAACAAAAAUCUAUAGAUAUUAUUAAUGCAUUGGCCUUGGUUUCCACAACAAAAAUAUUUCUUCAAAAACUGAGAGAUGAAGGUUGGCAAUGA